AUGUCUACUGAAUUCGAUGCAAUUGUUGUUGGCGGCGGCUUUGGCGGCAUCUAUUCCACCUACAAGCUCCGCAACAUGGGCUACAAUGUCAAGUCCUUUGAAAAGGGCCCCCAAAUUGGCGGUGUUUGGUACUGGAACCGCUACCCUGGCGCUCGUGUUGACUCGGACGUCCCCAUCUAUCAACUCUGGCUCAAGGAAAUCUACAAGGACUGGGAUUUCAAGGAGCGUUUCCCUGGUUGGAAAGAGCUUCGCGAAUACUUUGCCCAUGUCGAAAAGAAAAUCAACAUCUCUCGUAACUACUCCUUCAACACAUUUGUCGCCUCAUGUCACUUCAACACUACAACUAACAAAUGGACCGUUACUACAACUGGAGAAGGAGCUGGCACCUAUGUCUGCAAACAUUUGAUCAUCUGCACUGGCUUUGCAUCCAAAAACUUUAUUCCGGAUUUCAAUGGCCUCGACAAGUUUGAGGGUAUCAUGCACCAUACUGCUGAAUGGCCCCAAGACCAUGAUGUUGAUUUUACAAACAAACGCGUGGCUGUCAUUGGUACUGGUGCCUCUGGUGUUCAGGUCAUCCAGGAAGUUGGCCCCACUGUCAAGUCCUUGGACGUUUACCAGCGCACACCUAACUUGGCCAUCCCCAUGCGUCAACGCCCUGUGACACAUGAGGAACAAGAAGUCCGCCGACCACGCUACGACGAAGUCUUUGAGGCUACUCUCCACGAGCCUUGUGCUGCUGGCUUUGAGUUUGGUUUCGAUCCUCGCAGUGCCUUGGAAGUUUCCGAUGAAGAGCGUGAAGCCACUUUUGAACGUUUGUGGGCUGCAGGAGGCUUCAACUUUUGGGUGUCCACCUUCCACGAUGUCUGGACUGACCUCGAGGCUGACAAAUACCAGUACGCCUUUUGGCGCAAGAAAGUUUUGGCCAGACUCACUCGUCCAGAACUCGUUGAAAAACUCGCACCUUCUGUGGCCCCCUGCCCCUAUGCUGCCAAGCGCCCCUGUCUCGAGCAGCGUUACUACGAGGUCUACAAUCAGCCCAAUGUUGAUAUUGUUGACAUGAAGGCCACCCCCAUUGUGGAGUUCACCAAGACCGGAAUCAAAACUGAAGAAGGCGAGCGUGAGUACGACAUCAUUGUGCUGGCCACAGGAUUUGAUGCCGUUACUGGCGGUCUUUUGCAAAUGGACAUUCGCGGUGCUUCUGGUCAAACUCUUGGAGAGAAGUGGGCUCCCAAUGGUGUGAGUGCUCUUUUGGGUGUUGCAGUCCAAGAUUUCCCCAACAUGUACUUUAUGUAUGGUCCCCAAGGCCCUACAGCCUUUUCCAAUGGCCCCACAUGUGCUCAGGUUCAAACUGACUUUAUUGUUGAUCUUAUUGAACAUGUUGAUACUUCUGGCCUCAAGUACGCCGAUCCUAAAGCUGAAGCCGAACAAAAAUGGUCCGACACUUGCACAGCUCUUCAAGAAAAGACUCUGGUCCAUGGAACCAAGUCCUGGUACAAUGGUGGCAAUGUGCCUGGUAAGAAGAUUGGCGCUUAUAAUUAUAUUGGCGGCAUUCCACAGUACUGCCGUGAGCUUAAGGCUGAGAAGAAUGGCAAGUACCAAAGCUUUAAGUUUGCUUGA